GGGCGGGGGGAGGCGGAGGCGCGCGGGCGGCCCCUCCCCCUGGCCAGCUCCGGGCGGGCGCCGAGAGCCGCGGGAGUUUCCGCACCUGGGAGGGAGAUGCUGCCGUGGCUUCGGCUCCUUGCAGAUUUUUAACUAGCAGAAUGCUGGAGCAAGAGACUGGCAGCCUGCAAUCUCCAAAAUGGGCGAGUUGGAUGCCGAUUUGGACCACAUCAUUCCAUCAUCCCUGCUUCCUCCCUUCUGGGCUAAGUUAGUAGUAGGAUUGGUUUCCCUUGUGUGUUUCGCCCGUAGCUAUGAUGGAGAGUUUGUCUUUGACGACUCUGAAGCUAUUGUUAACAAUAAGGACCUCCAAGCAGAAACGCCCCUCGGUGACCUGUGGCACCAUGACUUCUGGGGCAGUAAACUGAGCAGCAACACCAGCCACAAGUCCUACCGUCCUCUCACUGUCCUGACUUUCAGGAUUAACUACUAUUUGUCAGGAGGCUUCCACCCAGUGGGUUUCCACAUGGUCAACAUCCUCCUGCACGGUGGCAUUUCUGUCCUCAUGGUUGACGUCUUCUCAGUGUUGUUUGGUGGCCUCCAAUACACCAGUAAAGGAAGGAGGUUAAAUCUCACCCCCAGAGCGUCCCUGCUGGCUGCCCUGCUGUUUGCUGUGCAUCCGGUGCACACGGAGUGUGUUGCUGGCAUCGUUGGCCGUGCAGACCUCCUGUGUGCCCUGUUCUUUGUGUUAUCUUUCCUUGGCUACUGUAAAGCAUUUAAAGAAAGUAACAAGGAGGGAACGCGUUCUUCUACCUUCUGGGUGUUGCUGAGUAUUCUUUUGGGAGCCGUGGCCAUGCUGUGCAAAGAGCAAGGGAUCACUGUGCUGGGUUUGAAUGCAAUAUUUGACAUCUUGGUGAUAGGCAAAUUAAAUAUUCCAGAAAUUGUACAGAAGGUACUACAUAAGGACAAGUCAUUAGAGAACAUGGGCGUGCUCAGGAACAGAGGUCUCCUAUUUCGGAUGAUUCUCCUGACCUCCGGAGGGGCAGCCAUGCUCUACGCGCGCUGGACAAUCAUGGGCACGGGCCCCCCAGCAUUCACUGAGGUGGACAACCCAGCCUCCUUUGCUGACAGCAUGCUGGUCAGGGCCAUAAACUAUAAUUACUACUAUUCAUUGAAUGCAUGGCUGCUGCUGUGUCCCUGGUGGCUGUGUUUUGAUUGGUCAAUGGGCUGCAUACCCCUCAUUAAGUCAGUCAGUGACUGGAGAAUAACUGCACUAGCCGCACUCUGGUUCUGCCUAAUUGGCCUAAUAUGCCAAGCCCUGUGCUCUGAAGACAGCCAUAAGAGAAGGAUCCUUACUCUGGGCCUUGGAUUUCUUGUGAUCCCAUUUCUUCCUGCAUGUAACCUGUUCUUCCGAGUGGGCUUUGUGGUGGCAGAGAGAGUCCUCUACCUCCCCAGUGCUGGGUACUGUGUGCUGCUGACUUUCGGAUUUGGAGCUCUAAGUAAACAUGCUAAAAAAAAGAAACUGAUUGCUGCUAUCAUACUGGGAAUUUUAUUCCUAAACAUGCUGAGAUGCAUGAUUCGCAGCAGUGAGUGGCGGAAUGAAGAACAGCUUUUUAGAAGUGCCCUGUCUGUGUGUCCUCUCAAUGCUAAGGUUCACUACAAUGUUGGCAAAAACCUGGCAGAUAAAGGCAACCAAACUGCUGCCAUCAGAUACUACAGGGAAGCUGUAAGGUACUGCAGAUUAAAUCCCAAGUAUGUUCAUGCCAUGAAUAAUCUCGGAAAUAUCUUAAAAGAAAGAAAUGAGCUCCAGGAAGCCGAGGAGCUGCUGUCUUUGGCUGUACAAAUACAGCCAGACUUUGCUGCUGCCUGGAUGAAUUUAGGCAUUGUGCAGAACAGCCUGAAACAGUUUGAGGCAGCGGAACAGAGUUACCGGACAGCGAUUAAACACAGAAGAAAAUACCCAGAUUGUUACUACAACCUUGGACGUUUGUAUGCAGAUCUAAAUCGUCAUGUGGAUGCAUUGAAUGCAUGGAGAAAUGCUACUGUGCUGAAACCAGAGCACAGUUUGGCUUGGAACAAUAUGAUUAUACUCCUUGAUAAUACAGGUAAUUUAGCCCAAGCUGAAGCAGUUGGAAGGGAAGCUCUGGAAUUGAUACCUGAUGAUCACUCUCUGAUGUUCUCGUUGGCAAAUGUGCUAGGAAAAUCCCAGAAAUACAAGGAGUCUGAAGCUUUAUUCCUCAAGGCAAUUAAGGCUAAUCCAAAUGCUGCAAGUUACCAUGGUAAUUUGGGAAGGAAUUGACCCCUGCAAUAUUUUUUUGGGAUUCUCCAACUUCACGCAGUUUCAGUUCAUGGAAAAUUACGUAGUUUUCUACAUAAACUGUUGCUAUCAAGCCAUGCUCUAGGCAAAAGCAGGCAGCCUGAAGUCUUUGUUUUUGUUACAUCCAAAAUUAAGAGGGCUACACACCUGUGUAAGUUGCUUUUUAAUGUUUUUAACUGUAAAACAAUUUCCCACUUCUGCUUAAUGGAACUAAGAAAUUACUGGCUAAUUCAAGAAGUAAAUUUUCUCUCAAAAGGAACCACAUUUGGGAAAUUUGUAGUAUUUUUAAGAAUUGGGUUAAUUUUCCUGUUUAUUUGGACAGUGAUGGUCAUAUUUGUUUUGUUCUGUUCUUCUAUAUAUGUUGUUGACCAAAUGGUUUAUGCAAUCUCUGUAAUUUCUUAUGUAGUAAAAUUACUACACUAAACCCGUACAAAAAUGUCAUAUAGCCUUAAUGGAUUAUUUUCAAGUUAGUGAACUUUGUGUCCUCCAAGUGAACCAUUCAUCUUUUCUAUUAUGUGGCUUUAAUUUGGUUUUAAAGACUAUUUAAUACAAUUGCACUAUGAGGUUAUGCAAGUUCAGAGAAAGGGGUGAAUACAUGCAUAUUAAGUAAGAUGAAUUUAGAUUCUCUACACUCACUUUUGGGGGGGAAAUCUGUUUAGAUUAUAAAUCAGUAAUUCUAAUUUAUGGUGGUUGAGAUACUUCAGAAAGGAAACUGCUGUGUCUCAAACAUUUCUUAAAUGUUCCCGAAAUAACUGUGACAAUUUAUAGAGCUCUCAUAUGGUCAGAGGCGGUCUUCUUCUUAUUUAUGUUCCUGAAGUGCUUAGCUUGGCAGAAACAUAGAGACACCAAAUGCUUUGUUGAUUUUUUUAAAACAAAUUCUUUCUUUAAAACUGUAUUUGUCUUUUGAGAGUAAAGAAAAAAUGACAUUUCCUAUAAAAGGCAAUUCAGGAUUCGCUUUUUUUAUUGAUAUUAAAACUCUACUGUGAAAUCAAGAUGAGCAAAUCUGGGGUCCCUGCCUACAGAACUAAUUCCCUUAACUUUCAUUGCUUCACCUCCUAGGAUUUCCAUUGCAACUGUUUUCUUUCCUGGGGAAACAGUCAUAAAUGUGAUUGAUAGUUCAGGAAGUCUUUUGUCUUGCAGAUUUUGGAAGUACACCGUGCUGGCUUUCUUUUCUUCCUGCUCCUUUUUUCAUUUUAAGGCAGUCACCCUCUUUAUUUCUUGAAUUUCCUUCUCAAUAAGACUGAAGGAGGCGGCUGUCUCCCAGCUCCCCUCUUCUUUGAUGUCUUUUUAAAAUUUUAAUGUUUUAACUGCUAAUCGCAAUUUGGGGUGGGGGAAAUCAAAACAAACAUGGGCAAGUUAUGUAUCUGGGAAAUCUGGAAGUCCUUGUCAUCAUCCUUGGCUUCCUUGACAGUGAACAUCAUGAAGCCCUAGCAGCGGUUUUCAUUUGUUUGCUUUAAUGUAUAUUACUGAUACAGACCUAUUUUCUUUCCUGUUGUUUACUUAUACAGAUUUUUUAAAAAUCAAGUUGCAGGAUUACAUUUUUUUUCUUUCAAAUUCCAUUCUUUCAGACACAGCCUACCAUACAUUGACAGGACUCUUUUGGGAUCCUAAUUUUAUCAUAUUUUAUAAGCAUGUUCUUUACAUUCUAUUGCAAAUUACUGAUUUAAAAUGUCAAACAAUACAGAAGACAGAGUCCAGUCCACAGUGUUGGAUAUCUAUGUCCAUAUUCCUAUCCAUCCAGCUUGGACCUUUAGGGCUGAAAUCCCAGACUGGCAUCUUGGAUCUUUCACUGUUACAUCAUGGGCAAGUUAUUUAGCAUUUUAAGCCUCAGUUUCUCAUCUGUAAAAUGGGGUUAAUAAGACCUUCCUCAUAGUAACGAGGUAGGAAAGCUCUUGGUCCAUUAGACCCUCAAUAAAUGAUAACUUAGAUUUUUGGAGGAGAGUAUGUGUUUUUGGAGCAGACAGACAUGGCCUUAAAUUAAUUCAUUCCCUCAUUCAUUCAACAAUUAUUAAGUGCCUACUAUGUGCCAGAUAAUUUUCUGGGCACUGGGAAAUCAGUGUUAAGUUGACAUGCACAUGGUCCCUUGCCCUCACAGAAGCUGUUAGUUGAAUGAGGUAUAAUAAUUACCAAAUAAUCAUAUAAUUCAUAACUGUGAGGAGAGAGGCUUGAUCUCUUUUCUGUGAGGAAAGAGUUCCCUGAGAAAGUGACUUCCGAACAGAGAUUUACUAAGCAGAGAAGAAGACCACUCGAGGACAGACCUCAACCAGAGGAGAUUUUGCCCCUCAAGGGAAAUUUGGCAAUGUCUAGAGACAUUUUUAUCACAACUGAGGGAGAGGGGUUGCUACUGGCAUCUAGUAAGGAGAGACCAGGUGUGAUGGUUAGGUUCAUGUGUCAACUUGGCCAGGUGAUAGU